UGCGCCUGUUUCCUGGUUGCCGCGUGUCACCCUGUCCCUUUUCGAAGCUUCAGGAAAACCGCCGAUUUAACACAACUAAGGAGGCGCCUGUGUUCGCCGUGUGAUGGAAAUAGUGUUUUCUGGGAAAAAUAAGAACAGCCAUGUGAUUUGUGUAGCUUAUGGAGACGAGAAAUAUUAAUCUCAUUUGAAGUAUGAUAUCUCCAUCGCUCUUUUGCAAUUAAUUGUUGCGUUAGAAAAAAAAAAUCGAAAUUUCCGUAUCUUAAAGUGAACCAAGAGGAGAAUUACCCACUUUACCUGCAAACGUAUUGUAAACUCUACUCUAUGUCCCUGAGUAAGAAUACACAUUAAGUCCUGGCUCAGCAUCCUUAAAAUACUUAAAAGAUGGAAAAACAUGGACAGCUAAUGCAGUCGAAACCACUUCCUAACUUGACUGGGCUGGUGUGCGUCUCUCUGGCACUCGUCGUGUUCUUCCACUACAGUGCCCACACUCUGCCUCUUCUCCUGCCAUGGUUGUCAUCUUCCUGUGAACAAGAGUGCUUGGAAACCUACUUCUCGUACCGAGGUCUCUCCCAGAAGGACCCAGAUUUUGUGGCGGCUGUGAGGGACACCUACAUCCUCCCUCCUCCCUCUCGCCCUGACACGUCCCCCUUCGAUGUUCGCCGGCCUGUGUGGAGGGAGCUGUUGGAGUGGGAUAAAGUGCAAGAAAUGUUGAUGGCUUUGUGGAAGAGUGAGCCCCCCGGAACUUUCGUGGAAAUCGGUGCCGUCGACGGAGAGUUUAUGAGCCAGACACUGAUGCUGGAGAAGGCCCUCGGCUGGUCGGGUCUCCUCGUGGAACCGGAUCCUCGUUCGUUCGCCAUUCUGCAAGAUCGGCGUCGCAAUGCUUCUCUCGCUCCGUUAUGUGUCUACGAACGGCAUUCCGAUCUUCAUCUGUUCUGGGCGAUGGAUUUGAUAAAAGGUUUGCCUCAAGAAUAUCAAGCGCUCACGAUGGCCAGAAGCAAAAUGUCAUCAGAAACCAUCGUCGGGGAUGAGCGUCAGGGAAGGUCGACGCUGGUGCGCUGCGUGCCCCUGUCGACCCUCCUCCUCGCGGCUCGCUUCCAGACAGCAGACUUCCUGAGCGUGGCUACGGGGCUGCCUGAAGACCACAAGCUCCUCCUUGGCGUGUUGAGGGAGCCCACAGUCUUCGAUAUCAAGACCAUCAUGGUACAGUACACGCGGGGCGUCCUGAAGGAGACGCCGUACCCGAGUCUUCAUGGGUACGUGUAUGACAUGGAGCGUUCUUUCCUCAUGACGCGGCUCUACUGGAGGAAGAGCCACUGCCGGCUGCUCGAGAAGGUGACGACCUGCAGGAGGUUCAAGCACUACGACCUGGCGGAGGCUUGCUUCAAGUACCGCUGCCUGGGUUUCGCUAUCGUGUGGUCGUACAGCUAAGCGGUGGGUGCGACAGGGCACUGGGUUUUUAUUCUUCACCUUUUAUUUAUUGCUAGUUUCUGUUAUUUCUCUCUAUUUUUCCUAUAGAGCAAAGUUUAUUUUAUUAUAUACUUUAUUUAUUUAUUCGUACGCCAGGUUACAGUGCCAAGGAUUCAAUCACAUGUUUCGUUGCAGUGGAAACGGUGUGCUUGAAACAUUUUGCCCCGUGAUGUAAGCCGUUUGAUACCUUGUAAUAAAAUUUUCUGUGUAUGAGGAAUAAAAGUUGUGCACUUUGCAAAACAUUUCAUUAAA